AUGACAGGAAGAGAGGAUGGCGCUGAGGAAAAGCUCAAAGUCAAGAUGCUGGCGCCUGCAUUUGGGAUCGAUAAAUCACGACUUCAUGGAUCUGGGUUUAGGUCUAAAGGCUUUGCCAUCACGGACCUACUGGGUCUUGAAACGGAUCUCCAGCCUCGCCCAUCCGGACCUUAUGGAAUAGGAGGACACGGGGAUGUUCAGAGCGCUGGGAUGGGAUUCCCUUUCGCUGGAGGAUCCUUGCCUCUUGGUCUGGGGUUCCUGUGCAGUUUGGCGGCUCAACAACCUCCGGGGGCCCCCUGCUUCCUACCGAGUCACAUACCCCUCCUUCAGUCCAGGACGGAGAGCCAUUUCAUGCAGAAUUUGGAGCAACAAAGAGACGCCUACUCUGAUGACGAAUGUCUCUCUGGUGAACGAAACGAUUCGAAAAACUCAGGGAACUCACAGAAGAGAAAGAAAAGGAGGCACAGAACUGUGUUCACUUCUCAUCAACUGGAGGAGCUGGAAAAGGCAUUCCAUGAGGCACAUUACCCAGACGUGUAUGCCAGGGAAAUGUUAGCAAUGAAGACAGAAUUGCCUGAGGAUAGAAUACAGGUAUGGUUUCAGAAUCGUCGGGCCAAGUGGAGGAAACGUGAGAAGUGCUGGGGACGCAGCAGUGUGAUGGCAGAGUAUGGGCUCUAUGGUGCCAUGGUCCGUCACUCCAUCCCUCUGCCAGAAUCAAUCAUCAACUCCGCCAAAAGCGGGAUGAUGGGCUCCUGUGCUCCCUGGCUUCUAGGAAUGCACAAGAAGUCCAUGGAUAUAGUAAAGAAGUCCCCAGGAAUGCCAGAGUUUACCCACUCGGAUACUAACUCCGAGGAAACUAAAGGGAAAGACAACGACAUGUCCUGGCCAAAUCGCUCUCGUGGUAUACACGACAGCGAGGACAUGGCAAUAGACCUAUCCAGCACCUCUAAGCAGGACAGCAGCAAGAGCACUUUGAAGUCAUCGUCGCCCCAAAGGGACCCCAUUCGCAACAGCGAUUCAGACGAUGAAAGCUAA